CUCGUAUUUGUGAGUUGAAACUCAAGAUUCAUGAGUGGUGUGUUGAUACCAAUGAAGUUAUUCAAAAGAUGGGUUAUUCUAUGCUGGAAAAAUUCAGCAAGUACUGGGACGAGAUUCACAAAGUCCUUGCUAUUGCUGUGAUUCUAGAUCCACGGUAUAAGUUGGAAAUUGUUGACUACUAUGCUGAAAAAUUUGGUGUUGAAUUUGAUGGCUAUUGUUUGGAAUCUGUUAAGGACAUAUUAUCUGAUCUGGUAUUGGAGUACCAAAGUAAAAUGAAUGAGGAGAGGAAUCUGAAUGUUUCUGGGUAUGUUGGAGUUGAGUCCUCUGCUCCUAGCACCACUGAUUUGGACUUUGAUCGAUUUGUGAGCCAAAGAAAAAGGGCAAGGGUUACUUCUGUCCAUACUGAGUUGGACAGUUACCUCAAUGAGGAAAUUCUCCCUCGUUCUGCUGAGUUUGAUAUUUUAAUGUGGUGGAAGCAUAAUGGUCCAAAAUAUCCCACUUUGCAAGCCAUAUCAAGGGAUGUUUUGGCUGUUCCUGUUACCUCUGUCGCAUCUGAGUGUGCAUUCAGCUCUGGAGGUCGUGUUUUAGACCCUCAUAGGAGCAAGUUGCACCAUGCUACUGUGGAAACACUUGUGUGCACAAGAAGUUGGUUGCAAGCUGAGUUGGCUGGAGGAGUGUUGGAAGGAUGUUUCUCCCCUACAAGUGAAGCCAAUCUGGUCCAGCUCCAACCUGAUGCUGAAACUACUGAAGAGCAAGCCCCUCGUUUCAAGCUUCUUGAAGAUUAAUCAAGAUUUGUGAACUGAUACUUAGCAGCAAGAUGUUUUGUUUGAGUUUUGUUGCCUUGGCUGCUGGGUGGAACCAAGGAAUGCAGAAAUCAGAAUGCUGCAUUGUUGCUGCUGCUGGAAAGUGGAGUAUGGAGGCCUGAAGUGAAGUCUUUAUCUUGCUGCUGUGUUGCUGCUGCUAUCGAAGCUGUUCUCGAGUAGUAGAGAUGUUCUGCUAGUUAUUUAAACUUUUGUUUUGCUGAUACAAUGGUCUUGGUCAUUUUGGAUUUGAUGGUAUUUUAGGAUUGGAUGUUUUCUGUUGAAUGUUUUGUUCUUUUGCUACUUCUCCAGUGCAUUCUGGUUUCUGGAUUUGAUGUUAUGAAGUUCAUGCUUCAGCUUCACGUAAGAAUUUGGUUGUUGUUUUUUAAUUAAUGAACUAGUCGGAUAAGUUCCGGGUCCCCGACAAACCCGAC